AUGCAGUCUUCGCAGCGGUGGACAAAGAAACUCGCGUUCGCUACAUUCGCUGUUUUCCUUGUUAUCGUUCCCCUAAGCUACCACCAUGCAAUUCCCAUUCAGCGAUAUCGCGAGUACAUAACGGGUGAUACCGUAGUAGAACUGAAAACAAACGACGAGCAACCUCAAACCCAAUACUUCAAGUUUGAACCUGAAUGGGAUUGGGACGUACCCGACUACGCAAGUAGCCUCAAUGGAUUCAAGCGCGAGCCGAAACCCAAAAACGUCAUCAUCUUAACAGCAAGCGAUGGAGGCGGCCACAACAGCCAGAUCCCCAACCUACUAGAGCGGGUACUGGAGAACCGGGAAGAAUACUGUAAUCGACACGGCUACACCAACCUCUGGCUAAACACAAGUCGCUACGAUAUUGGAGAUUCUCACCGGGUAUGGGCCAAAAUCCCCGCCUUGGCAGAAGCCUUCUACCUCCACCCCAAAGCCGAAUGGAUCUGGCUCAUGGACGCCGACAUGAUCAUCAUGACCCCCUCCGUCCCCCUCAUCUCCACCAUCCUCAGCCCCUCCGCCAUUGAAAAAAGCAUAAUGCGCAACACCAUGCUUCUCAAUGGCACCAAACCCCCAACAAACAUCUACACACCAACCCGCUACCGCGCCGAAGAUGUCGACAUCCUCAUAACGCAGGACCACCAAUUCGUUAACGCUGGAUCGGUAUUUUUCCGGCGCUCAGCGUUCACACGCUUCUUUCUAGAAAUGAUGACGGAUAAAACCAUGUUGAUGGGCAAGGAACAUCAUCUCGCCGAGCAGAAUGCGAUUAAGCAUUUGAUGCUUGAGCAUGAGUUGGUCAGGAAGCAUGUGGGCAUUUUUCCGCAGCGCAGUUUUAAUGCGUAUGCGGCUGGGGGGCCGCGUAUGCUGUGGAGUGAGGGGGAUUUGGCGGUGCAUUUUGCAGGGUGUUGGGUUCAUAAUGAGUGUAGGGGGUGGUUUGAAGAUUAUUGGGCGAAAAGAGGGAGAGAAAGAGCAGGAAGGUGA